CCGAACCGCUGCUCUGCAGCGGAUUGCAAAGGGUGUGCACAAGGUGCUGGCGGCUGGGUUGGCUCUUGCGGGCGCAUCGCCGGAUCUGCGCAGUCUGCGGGUCCCGCCGCUUCCUACGGCGGUGGCUGCCGCCGUGGCCGAGCUCGCGUAUCUGGAGGCGUGGAUGCUGCUCCACGAGGGCAUGCCCGUGGCCAACUGGCUUCCGGGCUUCCGCACCCUGCUCCUGACCUUUCACAAAGUGAUGAGCCUCCGGCUCCACGCGCGGUGCGCCGGAACCCUCGGCCUGGCGCUGGUCUCGCGAGUCUCCGACGCCGACUACACCGUGGUCGAGGCGCCGGCAGGCGUCUUUGCGCCAGCCUCGCGGAAAGAGGAGAUUGCGCUGCUGCUUCUGCUGCACCAGGUUGUUUCAAACGAGCCCGCCCAUGACGACGCGCCGCUAGAGGCAUCGUCGUUCAACUCGGUGGCGCUCGAGUUUGCGAACGAGAACCCGGGUGUGCCCGAGCUUGUCCUCACCUUUCUCCUCGCCGGGCAGCACGCGCUGGUGGCUGAGUCGCUCGAGCUUGCUCUCACCCACGCCGCCACUGACGCGAGCCUCCUCAUCCAGUACGCGCUCACGCUCGAGGCCGCCGGCGAGCAUGCGCGCGCGGCGCUGACUCUGCAGCGCGCAGCCGAGCUCGAGCCACGAUCGCCGUUUGUUCGGGUUCUCCAGGCCAAGCUCCACCUCAACCGGCUCGGCGAUACCCAGCUCGGACUGCGAGCUGUCAAGCGCGGCCUCAAGCUUUUGGCCAAGGGCAAGGCGGUGUCGUCCGACAGUCUCGCCGCUCUGGAGCCGCCGGCCGAGGCGCUGCUCAAGGUCGCCGUCCAUGUUCAAGGUGCACUGUAUGCCCAGGCGGCACGCGAGGCGCGCGACGACAGCACUCGCGAGCGGGCACAUCUCACCGCGCUGGACACGCUCGGGCGCGCGGUUGCGCUUGAUCCGACCUCGCCGGGCGUCCUCUACUCGCUUGCGCUCUUGCACACCGAGCUCCGCAACUACCCGAUUGCCAUCGAUACCAUCCGCGAGUCGUUGCGGUUUGACGGCUCGUCGUCGCGUGGCUGGCACCUGCUUGCUGUCCUCCUCACCGGCAUCAAGGACUACCGCGGUGCGCUGCGGGCCAUCGACGCUGGGCUCGACGCAGACCCAGACUCGCUGGAGAUGCUGGCGACCAAGGCCGACAUUGUCGAGCACCUGCACGGCGGCCGCCGCGCGCUGCCGGUUUUUGAGGAGAUCAUCCGGGUGUGGAACAAGCUCCACCGGGCAGGCUCUCAUGUCCUCGCCGCCCUCUCUGACUCUGGCAAGGACGCCGGCUCGCUGAAUGAGCUUGGCAACGUUCCGUCGCUCACUCAUCUCGCACCGCGGGCGCACUCGACUAUCUCGCGCUCGCUCUCGAUCGGCGACAAGAAGGCGGCCUCGUCGAUGCGGCGCUCGCCAUCGGCGACGGCGCUCUCGUCGGCCCGCACCUCGUCGAUCGGCUACAUCUCGCCAGCCAUGUUGGCGCAGCUCCGUGACACCGUCGACGUGCCGUCGCCGUCGGGCUCAUCGACGCCUGUAGCUGCCUUUGGCAACACGCCAACCAAGCCGUCGCCCAAUGCCGACCUCACCGCCCUCCUUGGCUCUUCGGCUGUGCUGACUCACGUUUCGUCGACGCUUUCGGCGCCGGGCGGCUCGCGCGGCCGCGGCACCGGAGCUGCCGGAGUGGCGUCGGCACAGCUCUCGCAGCUCUCGCUUGCCCGGGCGGAUAUGCUCGACAAGCAGCUGUUUGUUUGGUGCAAGCUCGCUGCGCUCUACCGCCGGCUCGGCGAGUACGAAUCGGCGCUGGUCUCGCUCGAGCAGGCGACCUCCCUCCGCGACGUCCGCCAAAACUCCAGCGUGCUCUACCAGACGGCCCGCAUCCUCGAGGAAAAGGGCCAGCUUGCCGAUGCCAUCCUCGAGUAUGAACGGGUUCUCGCCAUCGAGCCCGAGCAUCCGGGCGCGCUCCUGCAUCAGGGCAUUGUCCUCAACGCUGCCGGCGAGGCCGACCGCGCCGAGCUCCCGCUCCGCGCCCUCCUCCGCAUCGAGCCGACAAACUACAAGGCCUGGCACCAGCUCGGCCUGGUCGCCACCGCGCGCGGGCUCGACACCCUCGCUGCUCAGUGCUUUAUCGCCGCCCUCGAGCUCGAGGCCGAGCACACCAUCAUUCCGGCGCUCCUCUUCCCCUACUCGGUCUGAUGUCUGGCGCUUGCUGACCGCCACACAAGCACCGUCUGCCGCAUCCCGUCGUCGUCGCUGGCUUUGCAGCUCUCGACUGCAAAUCCAAGCUCGCCGUCGCGCGGCCGAAAACCGAGCGUCCGCGCCCACUUGCCGCCCUGAUGCGUGGCUCUCCCGCUGCUGACGCUAUCACCCGCCGGUUGCAGGCUCGCUGACGCCGGCGACGGGGCACGGACUCGCUUGCGCCCGCUCGGUCGUUGCCUACUACCCCCGCCCCCGUUCUCCCCGCUGCCAGCUCCUCCACUGUCGUUGCCUUCCUCGCGGCUAGCGCUGCGUGGCGGCGAGAGUGGCUGCUUGGCACCGUGCAGGCAGCGGAGCGUGACGGCCAGAACUUUGCGCGGGAUCCACG